GAAUAAGCAAUUUGUCAUGACAUCAAAUAUUUGACUCACUGUGACUAAGCGGAACAACACAAAUGUCGUUUGCUUUUUCUUGAAAGAAUUUAAACUCGCAAUGAAUGCGAGUUUUGUUUUUUGCCUAUCUUGAUUAUCUUAAAUGUGAGUCAGCAGAACUGUGAAGUCUGUUUUUUUCGAGUUAAGUAAGCGCGAGAGAUUCAAGCUAAUCUUUAGUUAGCUAGCCGUUGCGUCGGUUCUCUGCGGGUUCAGGUUUUUCUUAAGCUGUAACUAUGGCUGAUGACAGCUCCUAUAACGUGAAGUUGUACAUUUACGACAUGUCAAAAGGACUGGCCCGUCAACUCAGUCCUAUGAUGCUGGGAAGGCAACUCGAGGGAAUAUGGCACACCUCUAUAGUGGCUUAUGGGGAAGAGUUUUUCUUUGGAGGAGUGGGCAUUUCAAGUUGCCAUCCGGGUGGCACAAUUUUAGGCAUGCCUGAUUCCACUGUGGAUCUUGGAAACACAGAAGUUCCUCGAGACCUCUUUCUUGAAUAUCUCUCUGCUCUCAGUGAGUCAACAUAUAGACCUGACAAAUACCACCUUUUUGAACACAACUGCAACAACUUCAGUUGCGAGGUGGCCCAGUUCUUAACUGGAGCUAAGAUUCCCUCAUACAUCACUGACCUCCCAUCUGAGGUGCUCGCAACACCUUUUGGCCAAGCACUCCGUCCUUUUCUUGAUUCCGUCACCAUCACUCCAUCUGGGAGCAAUGGCAUGAAUGGAUUUGGCCAGAGGUAGAUCUGGUUGCAUCUAAGAAUUUAAAACUAAAACAGCCAUGAAGCUUGUGCAGCAGAUUUACAGGAUUAUUAGUUUAGCCAUUGUGCUUUUUCAGUUAAAGAGAACAGUGUAAACAAAUAUCACAUAUUUUAAAACAUGUCUUCCAGAUUUCCUUCUCAGUGCCUAAUAAUAAGGUGAUGGGAGUUUUUCCUCUUGAACUGUUUAAUAUUCCCUUCAGUGAUAUGCAGUGCAGACAGAAGGAUCAGACACUGUUAGUUUGUUUAUGACACAUUGUUACCACUCAAGUUUUCAAAUACAAUUUAAAAAUGUUAGCAAAAGUAACCAACAGUGAAAUAGGAAAAGGUUAUCUAAGGUAUAAACCAAAUCUAACAGUAUAUUUAAUUAAAUUGCAAGUAACAUUACAUUUUUUAGCAUAAGCAUCCAAAAGUAAUGAAUUGUCUGUUUACACUCAUCUGUGGAAUUUUGACUGACAUCUUAAAUUGAUAAAAUGUAGCCUAAUGAAAUUGUAGCAAGAUUCCCUUUAUCAGACUGCAGGUGUCUCUGCCCUACCUCAGUAAGAUCUGUCAUGCCUUGUGUUGAUUUUAAGGGCUUUUAUUUGUUAGUUUUGUGAAACUCAAGUACAGUUAUCAGACAUUGGUUAAAUGCUAAACUUAAAUGAUUGAAAAAUAUGAAUAUUUAUAAACAAACUGAAAAAUAGUUCAUUGGAUGCACGUUAUAUAAAAUAUCCUAUGGUUAUUAAUACUGAUUUGAAGAAUUGAAUGUCAUUUAGUGUUCUUUGUUUAUGUGUAAAAUAAUUAGACAAUUCAUACUCCUUUAUUGUUAUUAGAGAUCAUGCACAACUCAUUUUCAGAUGUCACUUUUACCUCCUAGUCCUUUGCUUCCUUUGUACUUUGCUGAUUGCUGAUUAUUGACUUUUGUGUUUUAACUGUUUAUCUAAACCUUACCUUACUCAGAACUACCUAAUAUCAAUCCUAGAUUGCCUUGAAUAUAUGCUCCAGAGGGUUUUAGAGGGUCACUGACAUUACAGGAAGCACAAUAACAAGCCAGAAUUGUGUCAUGAAGAUUAGGCUAAUGAAUGCUUUAUAAAAUGUGUAAGUAACACCAGCACACAUGGACCCAGAAGGACAGCUGUAAUCUUGUGACUCAUGUCUAUUUUCUACAUUUGUUACUCUGGGUGCAAAUUUAAGAGGAGUGGGGCAGACCACACACAUUAAAUUGUUAUAUAACCAAUAUAUAACCAGCAGUAUACAGUAUAAAUUAUAAUCUCUCUAAAUGGUCCAACGGUAAAUUGUCUUAAAUUUGUUAAGUCCAUAUAGGACCAUUGUUAUCCUAUAUCAUCUUAGAGAGGGCCUAAUGGAUAAAUUGCACUCACAGUGCCAAUUAGCAGUUAUUUUUUUAUAUUUAAUCUGACCAAUUUAAAAAAUAUGGGCACAAUUUGUAACAUGAGAUUUUCAAUGUAAUAAACAUUCAUAGUAUUACAUUUCACAGUAUGAUUUGUUUAUCAAGUUCAGGUUAUGCUGCCUGACAUGUCUUAUUCUGUGCUUCUGUAAAUAUUAGUAAGAGCUCUUAAUUACUUUCUUCCUCAAAUAAAAGUAAUGUGUCUGUAUAUAGAA